AUGGGCUUCUUCGCGUGCGUCGACGACGAGUCGAUUGGACCAAGUGUGCAGGGCUGUCGAGACGAUUUCGACUUCACACUGAAGUUCGAACAGAUCUUCUUGUCCAUACUACCGUCUAGCAUAUUCAUCGCCCUUUCUCUCCCCAGAGCCGUGUCGCUGCUCCGCAAGCCGAACAUCGUGGGGGGCACCCUUCUUCAAUGCGUCAAAAUUGUCUUCUUCGCUGUCUAUGCGAUACUCACUCUCGCGGUCCUCGUCUUCAGCGCUGUCGAACUCCCCACAUUCUCAGCAUUGUUCGUCGCUGCCUUCGGUCUCCGCUUCCUCGCAGCAAUAUGUAUGUCUGUUCUGAGCCACUUGGAACACCGUAGGUCGCCGCGUCCAUCUAUUCUAUUGAAUGUUUUCAUCAUUCUUUCGACAUUAUUCGACGUAGCACAGACACGCUCCUUUUGGCUGGCCGCCUCAACGCAACAUGAAAUCACUUUCACUCGAAUCUUCACCGCGGUUGCGGCAUGGAAAGCCACACUCAUAUCGAUCGAAUCAUGGCAAAAGAACUCAUGGCUUCUCUGGGAUCGUAAAGGAUAUAGCCCCGAAGAGACCACCGGCCUCUAUGGGCUGGCUACUUUCUUCUGGCUCAACCCUCUAUUCCUGUCUGGCUACAAAAAGGUCUUAGCCAUCCCGGAUCUCUUCGCCCUUGACAAACACAUGUCUUCCGAGGUCCUACAACUAUCAUUCUCCCGAAAAGCUGAUACAGCAAGCUUCAAAGGCCAUGAUUAUGGCCUCGCACGUGCGCUAGGAAGCACUUUAGCAGUCCCUCUUCUACUCCCGAUCGCCCCCAGAAUCGCACUAGUCGGCUUAGUGUUCUGCCAACCUUUUCUUUUGGAGACGCUUUUAGAUCAUUUGAGCCAGCCGGAGACGAACGCCUCUGCUCACAGAGGUUAUGGGUUAAUUGGGGCCACGAUCCUAAUCUAUACGGGGAUUCCGGUGGCCACCGCGUUCUACUGGUACUUUCAAGAGCGGUGUCUAUGUAUGGUACGGGCUUGCCUGGCUACUGCGGUAUAUCGAAAGACGAUUCACGCCAAAGUCUCAACCGCGGAUGAUUCUGCUGCCCUGACGCUGAUGAGUGCCGAUAUAGAGCGGAUUCGCAUGGGGUUCAUGCAACUUCAUGAGUUUUGGGCCAAUCCUAUCCAGGUAGCGCUUGCAUGCUGGCUAUUACAGCGUCAGAUCGGCGUCGCAUUUGUCGCCCCAAUCGUUGUGGUUGCGAUAUGUGUAACGAGCUCAACGGUUAUGAUGAGAUACAUCGGACCCAGACAGAUGGCCUGGAUGCAAGGAAUCCAGAAGCGCGUCGGCCACACAGCGAACAUCAUUGCAAACAUGAAGAGUCUUAAGAUUUCUGGACUUGCCAGCCCGGUUGAGCAGGCAGUUCAAGAGCUGAGGGUGGCCGAGGUGAAGGCCGGCGGCAAGUUUCGGAGGUUCCUCGUAGGCUCUGUAGCUAUUGGGUUCACUCCGAUCCUGCUAGCCCCUGUGUUCACCUUGGCCUUUACUUCGCAAGACCUAGAUGUGACGACUAUAUUCACAUCUAUUUCUUAUCUGUUUCUCCUGACGGAGCCGCUUAGUACCCUCUUUCAGAUCGCGCCUCAACUUCUUGCGGGCUUCUCUUGCCUCCGACGAGUACAAGAUUUUCUUGAAAAGGACUCCCGACACGACUUCCGCAACUGUACCGAUACAAGCACCAUGACCUCAGAAAAGCCGACGGCAACAUCUGGGAACCCCCCUGCCAUCAAGAUCAUCAACGGCAGUUUCGGAUGGUCCGAACAGACCUUUGUUCUGAAGAAAUUGGACUUAUCGAUUCCUUCGGGUCUAACCGUGGUUAUUGGCCCCGUCGCUUCCGGAAAAUCGACUCUCUGCAAGGCGAUGCUUGGAGAAACGCCUUUCUCCGAAGGACAGGUAAUUAUGGGCGUUGAUACUCGAGUAGUUGGCUACUGCGACCAGGCUCCAUUCCUAUGGAAUGCGACGAUCAAAGACAAUAUCGUUGGGUUCUCAGAGAUGGCCGACGAGAAAAGAUACACGUCCGUCAUAGAGGCCACGAUGCUUGUCCAAGACCUGCUCCUCCUUCCUAAAGGCGACCAGACUACCAUCGGAAGUAAUGGCCUGAGCUUGAGCGGCGGUCAGAAGCAGAGAAUCUCCCUUGCUAGAGCUCUCUACCAACAAUGCGACCUGUUGAUCGUCGACGAUGUACUGAGUGGUCUCGAUGCUGACACAGCAGAGAAUGUCUUUCAGCAAGUUUUUGGGAACGGCGGACUGCUCAAACGAAGAGGGACCACUACCGUACUCUGCACACAUGCUACGCGUCAUCUCCCAUCGUCUGAUUAUGUCAUUGCUCUGACUACUGAGGGUACUGUUGCUGAGCAAGGCAAGUUUGAUCAGCUCUUGGAAGAUAAGAUGAGCGUGGCACACAGCUGCAACAACCAGUCAAAGUCCGAGGAGAUUGAAAAGAUGGAGAAGGGUCCCGAUGCCACUCCAGAUUCAGGGACAACGCCGCCAGACUCACGAGUUAGCACGAUGGAGUCUGACUCUGCGGAAACCUCGACCAGUCCGACACGCAUCAUAGGCGACGCCGCGGUGUUUGGAUACUAUUUCCGAAGCAUCGGCUUAUUCUACAUGUCUGCAUUUGCGGCCUUUGGGGUCAUUUGCGGCUUCUUCUACAACUUCCCGACCGUGUGGCUCAAAUUCUGGAGUGAAGACAUUACAUCUACAGAACCCAAGCGAUCAACACCUUUUUAUAUCGGUCUCUACGCGCUGUUCCAAUUUUUGGCACUCGGGUCCUUGGUCGUUGAAGCCGUCAUUGGUCUGCUAGUGAUUAUCAAGAUGUCCGGGACGACUCUGCACCAAUCCGCGCUCAACACGCUCUUUGCUGCCCCGUUACGAUUCUAUUCGGGAACAGACACGGGUGUGAUUACGAAUCUCUUCUCGCAAGAUAUGACCCUCAUCGAUGGCGAGUUACCCCAGGCUUUGAUCAACACAUCGCUGCAGACUUGGAUCGGGUUAGGCACUGCCGCAGUUGUGGCGACUUCUUCGCCGUACAUCAUCAUCGCAUACCCCUUCAUCGUGGGCCUCUUGUACAGCAUUCAGAGGUUCUACCUUCGCACAUCUCGUCAGUUACGAUUGAUAGACUUAGAGGCAAAGAGCCCGUUAUACGAGAAGCAAGUGUUGUCGAAAGAGGACAUGAGUGCUGGGCUUGCGCUCCGAGAGAUCACAUUGAACAUUGAACCAGGUCAGAAAGUGGCUCUUUGCGGGCGAACUGGCAGCGGCAAAUCGUCUGUCCUCCUUUUGCUUCUGCGCCUGCUGGAUCCUCUCCCAUUUUGCAACACGAACAUAUCGAUUGACGGCCACCCACUUCACACGAUUGACCGUGCCACCCUGCGUGAACGCCUCGUCGCUUUACCUCAAGAUGCGGUCUUCCUACCAGACGGCACAUCUUUUAAGAUGAACCUCGAUCCGUUCUCUAUUGCAACUAAUGAAGAAUGCCAGAGUGUGCUGGAGCUUGUGCGUCUCUGGGCAUUGGUGGAUGACCGAGGCGGCCUUGAAGCUGGGAUGAAUGCGGAUAUGCUUAGCCAGGGUCAGAAGCAGCUUUUCAGCUUAGCCAGGGGAGUCCUUCGCCGGAGGGUGCACUCGAGGCAGCUUUCAACGGGCGUUGCGAACCACACGGCAAUCGUCCCAAGCCCCGGUGACGAGGGUGCAUCGCCUUCGGCUUCUUCUAGCACGGGUGGCGUGCUCAUUCUUGAUGAGUUCACCAGCGGCGUUGACAAGGAGACGGAACAGGAGAUGCAGGAGAUAAUAGAGCGUGAGUUCGAUGGUUGUACCGUCAUCAUGGUAAGCCACCGGCUUGAGAUGGUUAUGGGAUUUGACAAGGUGGUGGUCCUGGAUGCUGGGCGAAUUGUCGAAGACGGUGUUCCCGUGGAGUUGGUCGAGCGCGAGAAUAGCCGUUUCAGACACCUUUGGACGACAUUGGGGAAGACAGAGGAGACGAAGUAG